CAAGCUUCGAAUGAGGAGCUCGUGGGUGCUCCGGCGUCUCCGGCCGCUGCUUGCGCCGGCGCUAGAGGAGGAGAGUCGAUGGUUGCCGAGAAUCCGCCGAGUCUCAACAUUGGCCCGUCCCAGCUUCGUCUCUCCGACCACGAUGGCGAUCGCUCAGUCUUUCUCCUCAUCGCUCACCGUCUCCGCUGAUCCUCGCAACUUCAUCACUAGGAUUCGCCCCCUCAUGCUGUUCUCCACUGUUGCUUCAUCAGAUGAAUCGGAUAAGGAAGGGUGGGACAUGGAAUGGGAGGAAGAGGAAUGCGUUGAUCCGCAGGUUGGUGAUGGAGGAGAUGGAGGUGGAGUGGUUCUGGGAGACGUUGGAUGGGGCGCGCGGGCACUCUCAGCUGCUCAAGAGGUUCUUCUUGGAGAUUUUGGUAGUGAUAUUGUGAUGUUUGCUUUCAAGGUUUCUCCCAAAGGGUACAUCUAUGUCAGGCUUGAUAAGCUUACAAAUUUAUAUGGAUGCCCCAGUAUAGAGGAGAUUAAAAAAUACAAUAGUCUAUACAAGAAACGAUUGGAUGAGCUGGGAGAAUGUGGUGAGCUACCUGCAGAUUUGGCUCUCGAGGUUUCAUCUCCAGGGGCUGAGAGAUUACUGAGAAUGCCUGAAGAUUUGGAUCGCUUCAAAGAGAUGCCAAUGUGGGUGCAGUACAAUGAAGCGGAUAUCGGAUCCAAAGACCAGCAAGAGAAGGAUGGAGUUUUCAUGGUCGAUCUAAUUGACACUGAAAACAAGCAUUGUGUGUGGAAACUAGCAAAUGUAAGGGAGAACAAGGGUGAAGCUGGGAAAGGGAGGCCUCUAAGCAGGAAACAGAAAGAUUGGAGAUUAAAACUCCCAUUUGAAGCAACAAAGAAAGUCAUGCUAUACUUGAACUGAUCUUCAAAGAGUUGAUCAUUUCAGACAGAACAGGAUUGAGUGAUAAUCAAUCACCAGCACAUCCAGACAACCACUUUCCGCCUAGCUUGAAACUUUCCUUCCCCGGAGAAACCUGGCCGGGCUAAAUGGCUUGAGAUCAACAGUUGUUGCCCUACCUUCCAAAAUAAGCUCAGCCAGUGCUG